AUGGCCGAUACCGCGACUUCCGACCCCGCCUCCAAGGUGAAAUCCCACGCCUCGACUGUCGUCGCCGAACACGGCUACCCGCGCGGCCAUCUGGGCCACCUCAACGAGCACGAAGAGGCGCAGCUCGUCGCCUUCAAGCAGCUGGUCGAGGAGAAGGGGCUGUACAAGCCAGGCCCGCCUGCGUCCCACGACGACCAAACACUUCUGCGAUACCUCAGAGCCCGCAGCUGGGUCCCCGCAGACGCCCUCACGCAGUUCAAGGACACGGAGGAGUGGCGCGCCGGCAGCGACAUCGACACCCUCUACCACACCAUCGAGCUCGACGCCUACGAGCAGAGCCGCCGCCUGUACCCGCAAUGGACCGGCCGCCGCGACCGCCGCGGCAUCCCGCUGUACCUCUUUGAGAUCAAGCACCUCGACACCAAGGCCAUCGCCGCCUACGAGAAGUCCGGCAAGGAGACCUUCAGCAAGGCCAAGUGGGACGGCAAGACCCCGCAGGGCCUGCUGCGCCUGUUCGCCCUCUACGAGAACCUCACCCGCUUCAACCAGCCCUUCUCGACGCAGCUGCAGGACCGCGACUUCAACGACACCCCCAUCACCCUGAGCACAAACAUUGUCGACAUCUCGGGCGUCAGCCUGAAGCAGUUCUGGAACCUCAAGAGCCACAUGCAGGCCGCCAGUCAGAUCGCGACGGCGCACUACCCCGAGACUCUUGACCGCAUCUUCAUCAUCGGCGCGCCCGUCUUCUUCUCCACGGUCUGGGGCUGGGUCAAGCGCUGGUUCGACCCCAUCACCGUCUCCAAGAUCUUCAUCCUCUCCCCGCACGAGGUCCUCCCGACGCUCGAGCAGUUCGUCGAGCCGCGCAACAUCCCCAAGAAGUACGGCGGCCAGCUCGAGUUCGCCUGGGGCGACCAGCCCACCGUCGACCCCGCGUGGGAGGGCGUCGUGCGCUGGGAGAACGGCCACACGGCCUUCACCGGCCGCCCCGCCGUCUGGCGCGAGACCGCGGACGGCACCCGCGUCGAGUGUUUCGGCAUUGGCUGCGUCAACGGCAAGGAGCAGGAGGAGCUCAUCGCCUCGGUGCCGCGCACGUGGCCGCCCGCCAAGACGAACGGUGUCGCGGUGGAGACGACCACGACCGUGCCGGUUGACGAGAAGGACGGCGCCGUGACGGAGGGCACCCAGACCGAGCCCGUCAAGAUUACCGAGCCCGAGGCGGCGACGACGAAUGGCGAGGACGAGCUGUCGAAGCUGUCCAUCUCCGAGACCAAGGAGAUUACCGAGAAGCACACCAACGGCAGCACGACGGCGCCCGUGGGUCUGGCAUAG